AUGUCUUCAGCAGAACCACCAGUAGUGGUCCUCGACAAACCAACAACACAUAUCGAAAAAGAUGGCAAGGUCGUCUUCAAACCCUCCCGCGAGUUCCUCCUCGCCUUCGGCGCCCUCUGCACCAUCGCCCUCGCCGUCGCCUUCGACGCAACGACCCUCUCCGUCGCCCUCCCAACGAUGAGCUCAGAGCUCGGCGGCACCGCGCUGCAAGCCUUCUGGAGCGGAACGUCCUUCCUCCUGGCCUCGACCGUGCUCCAGCCCACAGUCGCCGGACUGAGCACCAUCUUUGGUAGGAAAUACCUCAUCUACGUCUCGGCCCUCUUCUUCGCUGUGGGCUCCAUCAUCGGCGCCGUCGCCAACGACUUCACCGUCAUCAUUGCCGGACGCACCAUCCAGGGCAUCGGCGGCGGCGGCAUCCUCGCCCUCUGCGAGGUCAUCGUCACGGACCUCGUCCCGCUCGCCGUCCGCGGCCAGUGGUUCUCGCUGCUCUCCGCGGUCUGGUCCAUCGGCACCGUCACGGGACCCCUGAUCGGCGCCGGCUUCGCGCAGAACGUGACCUGGCGCUGGAUCUUCUGGAUCAACCUGCCCGUCGUCGCCCUCGGUGUCGUCAUGAUCUUCUUCUUCCUGAAGCAGGCCAAGGUGCCGGGCCACAUCAUGGCGAAGCUCGGCCGGUUCGACUGGCUUGGCAGUUUCCUAUUCACCGCGGGCUCCACGAGUUUUCUCUUCGGCCUCUCCACGGGCGGCGUCAUGUACGAGUGGAAAUCCUUCAGAGUGCUUCUCCCGCUGAUCCUCGGCAUCUUCAUCCUCGUCGUCUUCGGAGUCUGGGAGCUUAGGUUUGCGAAGGAGCCCAUGAUCGACAAGGGUAUCUUCAACAACUGGACAAUGAUUGCGAACUACAUCAUGACGGUCUUUCACGGCAUGAUUCUCUGGUCCCUUCUUUAUUUCCUCGUUCUCUACUACCAGGCCGUUAAAGGCUACUCUCUCGUCAUCUCCGCAGUCGCCGUCCUCCCCGAGACCCUGACCGUUGCCCCCGCCGCGAUGGCCGUCGGCCUCGUCGCCGGCAUCACGGGCCGCUACCGCUGGUCCAUCUGGGCCGGCUGGGUCAUCACCACACUCGGUGCCGGCCUCCUCUGCCUCAUGCGGCCCGGCACCACGAUCCCGGCCUGGGUCUGGCUCAACAUCCCCAUCGGGCUCGGCACUGGCAUGCUGUUUCCGGCCAUGGCACUCUCGAUCCAGGCGGCGUGCGAGCCGGCCCUCAACGGCCAGGCCGCCGCCUUCUACUCCUUCCUGCGCACCUUCGGCCAGUCCGUCGGCGUCGCCGUCUCGGGCGUCAUCUUCCAGAACGCCUUCCGCGAGCGUCUCGCCGACGUCCCAGACCUGGCCCACCUCGCCGACGAGUACUCCCGCGACGCCACCAUCGUGGUCGAGAUCAUCAAGCAGAUGCCGUCGGAUAGCCUCAAGGCCGAACUGGUCACGGCGUACUGCGACGCGCUGAGGUCGAUCUGGAUCAGCCUGAUCGCGUUUUCCGGGUUCUGUAUGAUCCUCAGCAUCACCGUCAAGAGGUACAGUCUCGAGCAGGAGCAUGUCACUCAGCAGGGACUGGUCACGAGCGAGGACACUGAUAGAGAAGACUUGAGGGACGUGGAGAAGGGGAGGAAGAAUGGCGAGUGA